AUGGACAUCUGUUCUGUUCUCACCUUUCGCGAAUCCUGGCCCGUCUCCCGCUCCCUGGAAUCAGAUGAUCUCUACAAGGAACUGCGCCGCGUUGACCUAUUCGACCAGAUCCUGUGCCAAUAUUACUCUCGGCUUAAAGAAGGAUGGGGGAUAUGGGGCGGGCAUUUCCGAGACAGCACGACAUACCGGCCGCUGUUUCUCAGCGUGGAGGCAGAAGAUGACGCCGUCUAUGACUACCUGCUGCAGGCGCUUCAAAGAUACACGCGUACGGACGAGGAGGAUCCCGAAGCUGACUGGAACAAGUUCGCCAAGGACUUCGCGGCAGAGGUCACUAAAGUUGGUGCCUUCAGACACCCGGUAGACUAUCGUCCCAUCGAACGUCUUCUCAUGGGCAGGUGCCUUGCUGUGAGGGGAUGGUGCUCUCGACAUGAAGAGCUUCUCAGGAGAAGAGAGAAACAGCUUCAGCGGGGUAAAAUACGAGCACUCCACAUCCUUGAUCUGCCAACGGUCAUUCUUGAGUACAUGUUUGACAACUUUCAACAACAGCCCAUAUCAGGCGCGGUGGACUGGGAACAAGAACAGCACAAAGCUCGAGACAGAAAGUUCCGUCUUGAAACCAUCCGCAGUGCACGGCUCGUAUGCCGUGCCUUCAAUAAGCUCGCAUCGCCUCUGCUCUGCCCAAUUCUUCACUUGAGAAUCGACCAGCAGUCCAUAGAUCGGGUGCAGAAUAUUGUCGGUAAUCCUCUGAUCAGCGCUGGAGUGAGAGGCGUCAGAUUAGCGCUCAGCUAUUGCCCAUCCGAGAUUGCCAUGGAUGAAUCUCGGUUUCUCGAGAUAGUCCAAAGAGAGGUUGAAGAUCUAUUUAGCCACUGUUGUCACCUAUUUGUUAUAGAUGCUGAUCCUUGGAUGGCGACACAUGAUGAUCAUCGGAUGGUGGCGGCGCGAAACGGCUUCGAGACGAUCAAGGAGGCCAUGGCCAUGUACCGAGAACCUGCUUGGAAAUCGGCUCUCAGGAUAGGGUUACGAUUCAGAAGCGUCUCUAGGUACGUCGAGGCACUUCGUAGAGGAUUCAAAGGCUACAGAGACUUGCACGAUGAGCAGGCCCGUCUCUUAAGGCAUGGUGUGUUCACAAGCACUCUCGCGUCGCUUCUCGCCAGCCUCCAAAGACCUAUUGCCCUAAACCUGUUUUUCGACGACCCCGAAGGUCUGCACUAUGCCGAUGCGAGUGGCAUACAGGGCGCACCCGAAACGAAGCGAACACCGACAGUAUUCCUAAACCCAGAUUCACUGGCAGACUGGAUACGCAAAGCGCACAGCCGCCACUUUGACGAGGACAUGGAGUUCGAGUCUGCCAAGUUCAUCUGCGAACUGCCUAUUGCAUUACAGAAGGAAGGGGUUCUGAUCAAUCGCUUUUCACUGAAUGACAUGACUCACGUACGCUCUUUGGCACCCCUUGAUCCACGGAUGUAUCGUCCGAUUUUUGGCCCGCAGACCGAUUGGACCAAUCUUUUUUCCUUUGGCGAAAACUUGAAAUCGUUCGAACUGCUCUCUUUGGGAGCAUCUUCGCUUACGGAUGUCGGAGAGGGAGACAUACACAUCGUUGAGAGCUACUUGCGGGCGAUGUUGUCGAACAGCAGCCUCGUUGACGUAGAUAUUACCUUGGCCUUUCUGAGGAGCUAUCCUCAUAGGGAUCUCUACCAAAUUCGAUCCACCAUAUUCACUUCGCCAUGGCCUCGCAUACGCAGGGUCUGCAUCGAGAGUUUUGCACUCUCGGAAGCGGGGCUUCGACGCUUUUGUCAGAAUCUAGGGGAUGAAAUUGGCCACUUUUUCAUGGGCAACGUUAAGAUAACCGAUGGUGAUUGGGGUGAUAUUCUUGACAUUCUCCGAGGGAAGCUUGCCGCGAGGGUCCAGCUGAAGAAGUGCACGGUCAGGAUACCAUCGCUGUAUGGCGGCGGUACAGAAGGCUAUGUUACGUCUCAGGAAUUGGGCGGGAUUGCUGAAAGGUAUGUGACGGGAGAAAUUAAGGGGAGUUCCUGGAAGAGUAUUGGAGGGGGUUUUAUCUUUGAUUAA